GCAGGGCUUCGCUGGUCCUGCCGCCCAGAACCCGACUCUCUGCCUGGGUUCCUGUUCCCUGCGUCCCUGGGCGGCGCGCCCCUGAGCGGCCGCGCAUUCCCCGUCCCUGAGAAACAUCCGGGCAGCGAAGAGGCGGCGGGAGCAGGGCGACCUUCGUUCCUCGAAUGCGCAGUGAUGGGUUCCCCGCCGCGCUUCAGCCCCUGUGUGUCCUGGAGAAGAAUCCUGUGCAUCGUUUCCCUGCCGUUUAUCUCAUCAGGUUUUGCUCCUCGGAUGAAAAACAGACAAAAUUUUAUAUUUGAAAAAGUGCAGCCAGAGCCAAAGGGGCACAGGGAUUCCGAAGCCUCCUUGUCUCCCGGCUCCCCUCUCUCUGUCUUCGCUGUCCGCAGGUAUAACUGGUCUCACCUGACCCCCCUGGAGCUGCAGGAUCGCUCUGUGGGGCUUCAGACAGAACAGAGGGCUGGGAGAAAUCCGUACUUCACGCUGGAGGGUCAGGAGUUCCUCAUUUUGGGGGGCUCCAUCCACUACUUCCGGGUGCCCAGGGAGUCCUGGAGGGACCGGCUGCUCAAGCUGAAGGCCUGUGGCUUCAACACGGUUACCACCUACGUUCCCUGGAACCUCCAUGAGCCAGAAAGAGGCAAAUUUGACUUCUCUGGGAACCUGGACAUGGAGGCCUUCGUCCUGCUGGCUGCGGAGGUUGGGUUGUGGGUGAUCCUGCGUCCAGGCCCCUACAUCUGCAGUGAGAUCGACCUUGGGGGCCUGCCCAGUCGGUUACUGCAAGACCCCACAUCGCAGCUGCGGACCACCAACCACAGCUUUGUAGAGGCCGUUGACGAGUAUUUAGAUCACCUGAUCGCCAGAGUGGUUCCACUCCAGUACCGCAAGGGGGGCCCGAUCAUUGCAGUGCAGGUGGAGAACGAAUACGGCUCCUUCCAUAAGGAUGAGGCCUACAUGCCCUACCUUCACAAGGCCCUGCUGAAAAGAGGGAUUGUUGAGCUGCUCUUGACCUCAGAUAAUACGAACGAAGUGCUGAAAGGCCACAUCAAAGGAGUGCUGGCCGCCGUCAACAUGAAGUCCUUUAAGGAGGGCGAGUUCAAGGAUCUCUAUCAGGUGCAGAGCAAUAAGCCCAUUUUGAUCAUGGAAUUCUGGGUCGGCUGGUUCGACACGUGGGGGAAUAAACAUGCCGUGAGAGAUGCAAUCGAUGUUGAAAAUACCAUAUUUGAUUUUAUCAGAUUGGAGAUCUCCUUCAACGUGUAUAUGUUCCAUGGAGGAACCAACUUUGGUUUUAUGAAUGGGGCCACAUACUUUGAGCAGCACAGAGGUGUUGUCACGAGCUAUGACUAUGAUGCGGUGCUGACGGAGGCCGGGGACUACACCCCUAAGUUCUUCAAGCUCCGGGAACUCUUUAAAUCCAUCUUCGUAACUCCUCUGCCUGCCUUACCUGAGCCCACUCCUAAGGCUGUGUAUCCCUUGGUGAGGCCGUCCCUCUACCUGCCACUGUGGGAUGCCCUGCAGUACUUAAAUAGUCCUGUCCUCUCUAACGUCCCACUCAACAUGGAGAACCUUCCCAUCAACAACGGGAAUGGCCAGUCCUAUGGCCUCGUGCUUUACCAGACGACUAUCUGCUCCGGGGGCCAGCUCCACGCCAACGCUCAGGACAUGGCACAGGUGUUUUUGAAUGAGACAAAUUUAGGAACUCUGGCUAAUGGUCAUCAGGACGUGUACAUUCCGAGGAUCACGGAAUGUCAGCUUCUAAGGAUUCUGGUGGAGAAUCAAGGACGAGUCAAUUUUUCAUGGAAAAUUCAAAAUCAGCAGAAAGGGUUAAUCGGACCUGUUACUAUAAACGACAUUCCCCUGGAGAGUUUCACCAUCUAUUCGCUGGAACUGAAAAUGAGCUUCUUCAAGAGGCUCCGCUCUGCCUCCUGGAAGCCUGUCCCAGAUGGCCACCUGGGUCACCCUGCCUUCUACCUGGGUACCUUGAAGGCUGGCUCCUCUCCCAUGGACACCUUCCUGACACUACCGGACUGGAAUUAUGGAUUUGUGUUCAUCAAUGGACGUAACCUUGGGCGAUAUUGGAAUAUUGGGCCUCAGAAAACACUCUACCUUCCUGGUUCCUGGCUUCAACCAGAGGACAACGAGAUCAUCCUGUUUGAGAAGAUAAUGGGUGGUUCAUACAUCCAUACCACAGACAAACCCAUAUGGUAGGGCUGUGUUCUAACAUCCUGCUUGGAUUGCUGGAUUUCAUCCAUGGGCAGUUUUUCAGGAGGAAGAUUUACAUCAAGAAUAUCAAACACAGUGUUGCCUACAAUAGCCCCCAAAAAGGCUAAAAAAUCAAUAGGGAAAUUGUUAUGUAUAUUAUAGUAUCCAUAUGAUACCAAUGUUAGGCUUUAAAAAAGCUCCAAAAUCUUCAGUGACUGAUUUGCUAGUAAGAGGCUUAACUUUUAGCCGGUCUUAUUCUCUGUUCAAAUGUGC